CAAUAAGUUCAAAGCUUGAAGACCAUCCCCAGGCGUCCGGGUUCCCUAUCCUCCACCUCCCUCCUUCCCUCCUUUGCAAGCGCAAGCAAACACGCAGUAGGAACGAUGUCAGCCUCCGCCAUAUCAACGUCGUUUACUUUCUCUAAAGUUUCACGGCACGAACUGUUUUCUCAACGAAAUUCGAAGAGGAAAUCAAUUGUUUGUACGUUGCCGAGUCCAUACAGUGAUACGUCUAAAAUCGGUUUAUCAAGUAAAGCACAAAAAUUGCAUUUGACACCUGAGGAAAUGCACCCACAUACUCUUCAUAAUUCAAGUUACAAUCCAAUUGUAGCAAGAAGAGGGGCUCCACCCAUAAUGCCAGCGGUCAUGACUCCAGGUGGACCUUUGGAUCUUUCUACAGUAUUAUUCAGGAACCGUAUUAUUUUUGUUGGUCAACCAAUCAACUCACAGGUAGCUCAACGAGUUAUAUCACAGCUUGUUACUUUAGCCACAAUAGACGACAAGGCAGAUAUUCUGGUGUAUGUGAAUUGCCCUGGUGGGAGCACCUACUCUGUGUUGGCAAUCUAUGAUUGCAUGUCUUGGAUAAAACCUAAAGUUGGGACAGUGGCUUUUGGAGUUGCUGCAAGUGAAGGAGCACUUCUUCUUGCUGGUGGAGAAAAGGGCAUGAGAUAUGCAAUGCCAAAUGCACGUAUUAUGAUACAUCAACCACAAAGUGGAUGUGGGGGUCAUGUUGAGGAUGUAAGGCGCCAAGUCAAUGAAGCUGUUCAGUCUCGCCAUAAAAUCGACAUGAUGUAUGCUGCCUUUACUGGGCAACCACUGGAGAAAGUGCAACAAUACACAGAGAGGGACCGUUUCUUAUCUGUAUCUGAGGCCUUGGAAUUUGGACUCAUUGAUGGGAUAUUGGAAACAGAAUACUAGAUUAAUGGUGAUGAUUGUAGAUGAUGUGGCAACCGUGACUUUGCUGAUGUGGCAUGCGUCAUGCCUGCAGGUUGGAAGUUCUAAAUCUCAAAUAUUUAUCCACUCAAAGAGUUGUUUGUCUAGUUGGAUUUUGUUUCUUAUUUUAGAUUGUAAUGUUAGAAUGUUAUUUGACAUAUAACUUUAGAAUCUAAAGUUAUUAUGGUUAUACAUAUAAUGGAGUAAUGUAAUGUGGUUGUGUAAUUGAAGAUUAGGCUCUUUUUUAUUCUCA